AUGGAACAGCUCAACCGUAAACGUGGUUCAGCGCAGAGAAGAGUCACGCAAUUCCGAACAUAUUUGAGUACGUUCCAACAAAAUGUUGAUAAUAAUGUAGAAAUUACAGAACAACAAAUUAUUGAAUUAGAGCAGCGUUUUGACAAGAUUGGUAUCGCUCGUAAUGAAUUUGAGAUUUGUCAGGAUGAGAUCGAAGAUCUUGUUGCUGAUGAACUUGUCGAAGAAACCAGCCAAAAACGCGAUGAGUUUGAAGCAAGAAACAGUACCGUUGGCUUAUUAGCUAAGAUGAGUCUCCAAGAAGCACUCAAGGAUAAAACUGCGGGUCCCAGGCCAAUUUGUAUUGAGGAGUACCGGGCAAGGAACCUGCAAAAGCCUCCAACGCAACCAGCUGCUUUUGCAGAGGCUAAGGAGAAGCCCCUUCGAGCCGGUCUUCACCAUAGAAUAAGGCGUGAGCUGGCUGAUUUGUACAGAGUCGCAGCCAUUGCCGAAAAGGGAAAUAAAGUAGAAAUUCUAAAGAAAAUAAACAAGCUAAAAGAAGAGAGACGAUUACAUCGAUCCCUCCAAAAAAAAAAAAAAAAAUGCCCAGCUUGAAAAAAAAAAAGAAAUUAAUAUAGCUUGUUUUAUUGCUCUGGAUUGUAUAGAUUAUUGUAUAGAUUAGGAGAAAACAGAAACAAAAAUAAAAGAAGCAUACAGUAAAAUAAAAUUUUCUAAAAAUGUCUUUCACUUUUAAUUUAAUUCAGCUUUUACAAAAUUCUGUUGCUUUGGGUAAAGAGUUUUGCUUUGAGG